CGACCCCCUCUUGUCGAAAAGUCAUAUUCUUUAGUGUAGCGAUGAAGCUUCCCAUUGUAUCAAAUCCAUGGACCUAUUCUUCCAUUUCUAGGAUUCUGAGAGUUAUGGCCUACUCCACGAAGACUCUCAGCCGCCCUUCCCCUUCAAAGUCACCCGAUACUUUGCACACUCGCGUCUCUCGGUCCGGCGAUCCCAAAUCUUCCGUCGUCCCUGUGCUCAACCAAUGGCUCGAAGAGGGCAAACCCAUGAAGCAAUCCACGCUCCAAGUUAUAAUCCGACAUCUCCGCAGUUUCCGACGCUACAAGCACGCCCUUGAGGUAUCGGAGUAUAUGAGCGAAGAAAUGAAGUAUAAUAUUUCAGUUGGAGAUAUGGCUGUAAAGCUGGAUUUGAUCUCAAAAGUGCACGGUUUGGAUCAAGCUGAGAAAUAUUUCAACAGUCUUCCUGAGGCUAUGAAAACUUUCCAGGUAUAUGGUGCCCUUUUAAAUUGCUAUGCAAAUCACGAAUGUUUAGAAAAAGCAGAGGACACCUUCCAAAUCAUGAGGAAAUCGGGGCUUCCGAUUUUUGCAGUGUCCUAUAAUGUAAUGUUGAAUCUCUACAACCACCUAGGAAAACAUGAAAAGUUAGAUGCCCUUAUGCAAGAGAUGACAGAUAAGGGAAUUAAGCAUAAUGCUUUCACGAACAACAUUCGGCUGAAUGCAUAUGCGUCGUCUUACGAUAUUGAGGGGAUGGAGAAAUUCCUGACCAGGAUGGAGAAUGAUGCUGAAAUCUCUAUGGAUUGGAAUGCUUAUGUUAUUGCAUCAAAUGCGUACUUGAAAGCCAAGUUAACUGUAAAGGCUUUACAAAUGUUGAGCAGAGCAGAGCAACUAGUUCCCCAGUCAUCAAGAAAGCAUGCUUAUGAAGUGUUCCUCACGAUAUAUACUAAUCUAGGGAGAAAAGAAGAUGUAUAUCGUAUAUGGAACUUGUACAGAAACUUGGGGAAAUUCUUUAAUUCAGGCUAUUUAUGCAUGAUAAGCUCAUUGGUAAAGUUGGAUGAUUUGGAUGGUGCCGAGAAGGUUCUGGCAGAAUGGGAGAUUGGAUGCUCAUUUUGCGAUGCUCGGAUUCCGAAUGUGAUGAUCAGUGCAUAUUGCAAAAAGGGAUAUGUUGAAAAGGCUGAAGCAUAUACAAAGAGACUGAUAGAAAGAGGUGUCAUUAAAGAGCCUGAUGCAUUUAUAUUGAAUAGUCUGGCAACUGGAUAUCAAAUGGACGGACAGAUGGCUGAGGCAGUUGAAACCUUGAAGGCUGCAAUUUCGUGUAGCAACUCAAGGUGGAAACCUAACACUGGUACUUUGGCUGCUUGUCUCAAAUUUUUGGAACGCGAGAAUAACUUAGAAGCGGCUAAAGAGCUGUUGGAGUUGUUUAAUGUUAAAGGCCAUUUGUCAAUUGAUGCUUAUGAUAGAUUAGUUAGGAGUAUUGCAGACGGAAACGUUGAUGUCAGUUCCCUUGGCCCGAUAGGGGACUCGGAAACUUCUGAUGAAGAAAGUACCAUCUAACCUUUAUAUUCUUGUUAGACUGCCAAAAUGAUGGUUGCC